UUGAGACUGUACCCUGCCCUCCCUAGCCAGGUGAUAUCAGAGGAAUACCACUGUGGGUUUAGCCAGUCUGCAGUGUAUCUGCGGCCAGGAAAGGUGGAGAUAUCUGAAUGUUCAGCAUAAAGCCAUGAGAUCAGGCAGGAAGUUUCCUAGGUCAUCCCAGUUCUUUCUCCUAGGCUUUUUGUUCCUCCUCCUGUCUUUUGCUGCUUACCUUGGCUUUACUGAAAAAUAUGCACACAGACACUUAUUUAGUUUUCAAUAUGCCAACAAAGUGCCACGGUCUGACAUCCAAGACAAUAUUCUAGAAGUUGUAGCUACCAACCCAAAGUUAUUAGAGCUUCCAGAUACAGUAGCGGGACCAAGCAGUUCUCCACUGGAGAAAGAUGCUGUGCAGAGACUGGCAACUUACAAUGAACGGUAUGCCCAUGAGAGGCUGGCUGAGUUCCAAGAUACCUCAACAUCACUUCAAAAGCAAACCAGGAGUAAACUUGUCAUAGUGGAAGCUGCUCAGAAAUCAGCUGAGAAGAAAGAAAGCCCUUCAUUAAACAAAAUUCAAGCCAAAGACGGUAAUGAGAUACUUGCAGCAAGUCAAAGCCAUGCCGAGACUUUGGUUGCAACACAAUCCUCCAAUAAAGAUGGGAAGAGUAUUAAACCAGCAACCAACAAAAAGGAAAAAACAAACCAAGAUGUGGUACCAGGGCUUGAAGAAAAGGAGAGAGCAAGGGCUAAAUAUGUGACACCAGCAUCCCCAAGAAAGCAGGCUGUGGGAAGGGAUGCCAUAAAAGUAGCCAGUCAACAACAGUUUCAUGUUGAAAAUGUCACACUGCCCUCUAGAGCAAAGCAAACUCAACUGAGAGAACAAUCCAACAAAACAAAUCUUAUUAAAGAACACUCUGCCAAGGCAUCGGUAUCUGAUGUUAAACAAGUCACACAACCGCUUCCUUUAGCAACAUCCCCUAAAAGGUUAAAAGCAUCUGACUUUAAAUCUGAGCCCCGCUGGGAGUUUGAUGACGUUUAUCUCUUGGAUAAUUCAACACCACCAUCAACCUGCCUAGAUUCUCUGAGGAACAAGGCUGCCAAGUCUGAUUGGCUACAGGAUGUUUUCCUACGCAACAUCACAGUCUUCAUGGACAAGAGUCACUUCAGUGACAGUGAAUGGAAGCGUAUGGACCAUUUUGCUCCACCGUUUGGCUUCAUGGAGCUAAAUUUCUCAUUGGUAAAAGAAGUUAUAAACAUGCUUCCUCCUAAACCCUACCACCACGUUCUCUUCGCACGCAACAGCAGUCAGACCUCCAGGUGUAUCAGUUGUGCAGUAGUAGGAAACGGAGGGAUAUUGAAUAAUUCCAGAAUGGGCGAGGAAAUUGACUCUCACGAUUACGUGUUCCGAGUGAGCGGAGCCGUGAUCAAGGGUUAUGAGAAAGAUGUGGGAACAAGAACUUCCUUCUAUGGAUUCACAGCUUACUCCUUAGUGGCUUCAGUUACGGUUCUGGGAAAUCGUGGAUUCAAGAAGAUCCCUGCAGGAAAAGAGAUCAAGUAUCUUCACUUCCUGGAAGGGGGAAGAGAUUAUGAAUGGCUGAAAGCUCUUCUUCUGAACAAGAAUGUCAGGAAGGGAUUUUUGGACUAUUACGGACGAAGGCCCCGGGACAAAUUUGACAAUUUCAGCUUGGAUCAAUAUUUUGUGAUUCAUCCAGACUUUCUCAGAUACACAAAAAACAGGUUUUUGAAGUCCCAAAGUCUACAAAAACCCUAUUGGCGAAUUUACAGACCUACAACAGGUGCCUUCCUUCUUCUAACUGCGCUCCAUCUCUGUGAUCAGGUAAGUGCAUAUGGGUACAUCACUGAAGGCUACCAGAAGUAUUCAGAUCACUAUUAUGAUAAGGAAAAGAAGCGUUUAAUCUUUUAUGCCAACCAUGACUUUGGUCUGGAACGGAAGGUAUGGAAAAAACUUCACGAUGCAAACAUUAUGAAGCUCUACCAACGAACCUGACAGAAGCAGACUAUGAACUCCUGGCUAGGGUGGGUUGUUUUGCUAUGACACACAAACUCUGGAAACAGGGAUGUUAUUUGGACAUUCUAUUAUCAAAGAUAUGCUAAUAAUUUUUUUCUGAGUG